UUUUACGAUAAUAGAACGGAAUCUUUAAGAAAUAGAAAUUUAAGGAUGGAGGAUAACGUUGCGAAGUCAUUAGAGCGUCUUUCCUUAAAUGCUACUAAAACUGGGGAAGGAAAAACUGAAGCGCGUGAUCUUAAAAAAGUUUCAGAAGGCCGAAAUGAAACAUCUGAAGCCGACUGCGCUUUCUUAUCAGACAGUUCCAGACUGUUUCAGCUUAUAAAAGUUCAUAAGCAAAGAAUUAAAGAGAAACAAGAACAGAAAAAUCUCAGAGAAGUUGAGCUUGCCAAAAUAAAAGUUAGCGAAGAUCAUGUUAAUUUAAUAGCUAGAGAGUUUGAACUUAAUAAUUCCCAAGCAUCUUAUCAGCUCAAACUUCAAGGAGGUGACUUGUUCAAGACUAUGAAAGCCCUCCUUACGGAUUGAUGAUAUAAAGUUUUUUACUUUGGCCAUCCGUCUCUACUUUCGUCAUUGCCAAAAAAAUUUAAAUUAAAUAAAUAAUAC